UUGACGGUUAACUUGGUUGCUGUUCAGUUUGAAAUUUCGUAUUACUUGCCUGUUUUUAAUAACAUUGUUUGUGUGUUUUCUGUGAUAUUCAUUGUAGACAUGCUUGUACAUAAUUAUUACAAUUGAUUUAAGAUUGUAAAAUCCUGUUUGUUGAAAGGGAAUUAUCAAAAUGGCGACAUCUGCAAUUUCAAGACAUUCACACAAAAAUGAAAAAUUAACAGCAUUGUGUAAUAGCCAUAGUGAGUUGUGCUGCUCCAGAUCUGUUGAGCUUAAUCACAGAUCCUGAUUUAUACUGAAGGAUUAGCUGCUUUUUGAAUUCUUGUCUGCAUGUAUUUCAUAAAGGACUGAAAAGCAUUCCUACAUAUAUUAAAAGAAGUGAACUGUGAACUAUCUUAUUUAUGAUGUCUUGUUUAUUGGGAUACAACACAGCCGUAACCAUCCGGGUUACAGAAUUAUAGACUAUUUUAACAGAAUUAUACUUUAAUUACAUGUACUUUAACAUGUAAAACUUCAUACACUAGAGUAUCAAAUUGGCGGCAGGUUCAUUGUCAAAUGUUGUGAAACGUUGGCCUUUGGUUGAAAAGUUUUAUCGCACAUCUUGUGUUUGAAUUUAUCUGUGUUUCAGUGUUAAUUUUAACUUCUAAGGUUGAUAAACUUUUGGAACUAGCUUUAUUUCUUUCAUAUUUCACAAGAAAUAUACUUGAAAGAUUUGAACAAAAAGGUUUUAACAUUAUAAACAGUAACAAAAUGGCAACAGGUUCAUUGUCUUCGGUUCCAAAACGUUUGCGUAUGGUUGAAGACUUUUCUUGCACACGUUGUUUAGAGCAGAAUCUUACGGAAUCUGCAGACAUUUAUUGUGAAAAAUGUGAAUGGUUCUAUUGUAAAAAAUGUGUUAUCCUGCAUAGUCAGUUUUAUACAAAACAUAUGACAUGUGGAAGGGAGGAUAUUAAGAAAUGGCCAGUUUCUAAGGCAGUGGAAGAUUUUCUCAGGAAGUGUGAGGUGCAUGAGGAUGAAACACUGACACAGUUUUGCCAUGACCACAGUCAGCUGUGCUGCUCUGCAUGUGUUGGAACAAUUCACAGCCAGUGCAGAAAAGUGACCCAGAUUUCGGAGCUGACCAACUCGCAGCCCACAGGCUUAGAGGGGCUCUCAGUGGAGCUGGAAACUGUCCUGGGGGAAAUUAAAACCCUGCAGAUCAGUCAGGAGGCCAGCAUUCAGUCAUUGCAGAGAACAUACAAGGAACAUAGGGAAGUUAUGAUAGAGCAAAUGUGUUGCAAUUUAAAUACUUAUAUAGAUGAGUGUGAUAAUAAUUCUGUGGGUACAUCAGGCGGAAAUGAGCAAUAUUUAAAAGAAGAGAUGUGUAGGAGUGUUCUCUUUAUCGUGAAUGAAUUCGAUAAUAUUACUGCGAAGGAACUUAACGAGAUAAGAGAUGAAGUUAUAAGCAUGACAGGGUCAGUUACAAGUUCUAUUCAUAAAUGCACCAGUCUUCACAAUGACUUGUCACAAUUACUUGAAAUCGUUCAGAAAAUUGGAGAUAAUAAGGAGCUCUGCCAUAUAGCCAACAUUAAAUGUAAGCAUAUAAUACAACAGGCAUUGACUCUGCUAGGAAAGUCAGGCAAGGCAUUAAAUGUCCAGAGUAUUACUGAGCACAAUGUUAGAAUACCAAGUGAUAAAGUUGUAUGUGAUAUCAGAGGCAUAUGUGUUCUUCCCGAUGGGCAGGUACUGGUUGUAGACUGGAAUAAUGAGAAUGUCAAGCUGCUGAACCAGCAGUACCAGGUGGUGAGUCACUGGGACGUGAAUGCUUGGCCAUUGGACAUUUGUUUGAUCACACCCAGUGAGGUUGCAGUGGCUGUGUAUACUAGUAACAUACAUGAGGUCCAGUUUAUCACUGUCAACCAGGGAAAGCUUGUUUCUGGCAGGAAGUUUCAGUUACAACAUGAAUGUACAUGUAUUACCCAUCACCAAGGAAACCUUUUUGUCACCUCUGGUCAAGAACUGUACAAAUACUCACUGAAUGGCAAACUGAUCUGCAGACUCUACCAAGAUAGAUCAGCUGAUUGGACAGUAUGGAGGUGUGCUGUGAGUCCCACAGGGGACAGGCUGUACAUCACCAGCUACAUGGAGGACAAUCUUCUCACCCUGGCCAGGGAUGGCACACUCCUGGCUACAUACUCAGACCCAGCACUAGAGGGCCCAACUGGUCUACAUGUGACCCCUGCAGGCCAGGUGCUGGUCUGUGGAUGCCUGUCCCACACUGUACUACAGGUGGGCUGGGAGGAGCAGAGUAAGCUGACUACGCUGGCUACUGAGGAGGAUGGAGUGUGGGACCCAUGGUCAGUCUGCUACAGCAGCACAACAUCCUCCAUCAUUGUGGGACAGGCUGAGGACGACAACAUCCUGGUGUUCAGAGUGGAAUAGUGUGUACAUUCGCUGCUGAGUCAGGACAAGGAUGCUGAGGAUGUGGUGGACAAGGAUGACCUGAAUACACAGAAGGAGAGCACCAGCAUUGAUAUGUAGUUAGCCCAGCAACAGCUCCAGUCCGGCCUGCAGGAGCUCCAGUCCAGGGCGACCCUUCUUCUCUCCUGACCCCAAGCUACUCCCCUAGACCUCAGGCCUCAAAGGGUCAGCAGUGUUUAACAAUUCCGUUCUGCAGGAAAUUCUGAGCACAUCGAGAUUUCAUGUGCUGUUCUCAACUACCGCUAUGUCCGUGUUGAGUUUCCCACACUUGCAUCUGAGUAGUUUUGUUUAGCUGGAGUGCCUGAGUGGGACGAGUGCUAAAGACACCAGGAGUUAUAGCAGUAGUUUUGGUAACGCUAACAGUCAGUUCUCGAUGUUGGACAUCACGAAGAAUGACCAGUUAAAUAACGUGUUCCAUUUUUUUAUGGGACGAACAGAAAUUCAGCAAAGAAUUUGAGAAAAUCAAGAAACAAUUCAAGCCAUGAAUUCAACAGUGUUACCUCGCCAAGGGGAAUACUUUUGAUGUUGAUAGUGCAGGCAACAGUAGCUGUGCGGACUUUCACGGUUUGUCCUUUCAGGGGAAAAAGUGUCCUAAGAGAAUGCGCUUUUGACGCUAAUGCUGACAAAGGCAGUAAUGACUAGGUUGUGAACAUACAGAACACGAUACAUCAAUGGGGUGUGUUCUUAUGGCGCGAAAUCCGCGAAAUAUUGGAAACACUCUGCUAAAAGCGAACAUGUGCGUUUUGUUACGAGAACUUGAAACUCCGAGCCCAAAGGGCAUCGUAUUGAUUCGAGGCUAAAGAAGGCCUUGAAAUAUGACAGCAUUUUUGUUGUAUGAUCCAGUGCGCCAUUCGACGCUCAACCGAAGUUAAUCAGAACUCAAACUCAAUCCUUAACAAUAUCAGUGAGGCCAGCGUGUCAUCUCAGCUUGUUGAGCUUCAGCAAACAUGAGCCAACAAGACAAACAUUAUUGUACAAUCCCGACCCCCUUUUGCAAAAAUAUUACAACUCUCUCAAGAAAUUCAGCACGAAAUCCUCUUGUGUCAGCCUUACAUGCUUCCUAUCAAGAUAUUUUCCCAUGUUUGCUUCAUCAACACUUCCAACAGCGGAUCCUUGGUAAUUUAGACUUCCGUUCCAGCGUGGAUGGGGCUUAGCAAUAAAUUGAUGCUGGGCAACGGCAAAUUGUUCGGGACGAGUCGCUCGAACGGAAAUGAUCUGACCCAACAGAUAGCUUAUAGUGAUGUGUCCAUUAAUGUGACUGACCUCGAUAUGUUGCUUUUAAAUAAUGCGAACCUUACACCAGAAGAACAGUCUGCGAGCAAUUAAGGCCAUUUAACAACCGUUGUUGUCUGGAAUUCACGGCUUUGGGUUGACGAAUUUGGCGUCAGGACUUGCUCUAUCUCUGUCUACGGCAGCAGCAGCAGAAACAACAAAAAAACAGAUUGGUAACCAGCUGUACAACAGGCUCUCUUGCCAGCUGGGCCCAGACACCCAGGGACACUUCCUUCGCAUGGGUGGUGGUGGGUGGCUCUCGGCGAAGGACUUUUGGGCAGUUCAACGUGUCCUACUCGCAGAGUGCAACCAAUCUAAACAUGGGGCUCCACAUUUUCCUGGUCAAGAUUACCUUAUCCAAAUAGUAGAUUGGUAGUGUAAUUUACUUUGUAUUAUGUGCAGUUGUUUUACUCCAAAUUUCAAUUCAAAUAGUUUGUGUGUGUUAUAUAUUGAUAAUACUCUCUCAUGGGUGCUAACUUAAAAAAUCAUCAGGUAAUCGUAAAUAUUUGUAUUGUUUUGUAUUGCCUUGAAAGU